AGACUGGCAACACUCUAACAAAAUCAAACAUGGCGCGCGUACACACGGUUCCGCAAAUUUUACAUUUUUUCCUUUAUUUCUCAUUUAUUUUAUGUUGUUUUACUGGUUUUGUGAGUGCCAACCGCGAGUUAAAUGAAGACAACUGGAGGGAAAUCCUUGAGGGAGAAUGGAUGGUCGAAUUCUACGCGCCAUGGUGUCCCGCCUGCAACGCUCUCGCCCCCGCGUGGCGCGAGCUGUCCACCCGCGCGACCCGCAAGGCCUUGGGCGUCAGGACAGCUGCUGUCGACGUCACCAAGUCUCCUGGACUGAGCGGUAGAUUCGUCGUCACCGCCCUACCAACUAUCUUCCAUGUAAUCGACGGUGAGUUCCGUCAGUACAAAGGACCUCGUGACGUGGAGUCAAUGCUGGGCUACGUGGAGGACCAGCGCUGGAAACAGACCGACCCUGUACCCUCGUGGAAGGCACCACACUCUAUACAGAUGACACUGGUCGCUGAAUUCUUUAAACUCAGUCAAGCACUCAGGAGUGUACACAAUAUGCUGAUGGAGACGUACGGCCUACCAACAUGGGGCUCCUACUUGAUCUUCGCGCUGGCCACCAUAUUCAUUGGCGCUCUGCUUGGACUGAUCUUAGUCUGUAUAAUCGACCUACUCUACCCGCCGCGCCGCUCGGAUAAGGUGUUCGUAUCACAGAAGGAACUCGACAAACGCGCUCGAGGAGACCAGGAUGCCAAGGAGAAGUCUGAUGAUGACCAGGAGCUGAUCAACGAUGACAUAGUGGAUGAUGACGAGAACGCCAACAACAGUGAUGCUGAAAAGAACUCGCAGAGCGAUUCAUCGGACGAGGAGAAAGAGAAAGUUACAGAAGGCGGUGGCGACUCGAAGGCUGCAGACCCAGUGGACCGACCCGAGGUUCGCAAGCGAAGGCCAAGGAAAGCCGACUAGAGUGCGUAGUAUACACACACAGCCCGCCGCGGGUUCAACGCUCAGCUCGAGACAUUCCCAGCCAACUUCACAGCUU